GGGUCUUGCCGUUUACGUCGUUCGUGCCAUGGACAAGAAUAAUCUUCGCGUUUUGACACCCGAUCACUUUUGAUUUGACCUCCGGGAUCUGCUUGUAAAGGGACACUUUGCUCUUUUUUGGCCUUUCGAUGGAAAAUUCAUCACUAUACACUUGAAUAUUCCCUAAACGAAAUGAAAUCAUCUGCUCUGCCUCUCGAGAUAUGGUGGCUUGUCUGUCAGGAGCUGGUCAGAGACGCGCCGCCUGACUUCAACUCACUGUUCAGUUGUGCACUUGUUGAUCGCGCAAUGGCCAAGGUUGCGCUGCCUCUUCUGUACAGCGUUCAUCACAAAGCUCUGGUUGAUCUGGACGCGUCAAUAAGAACUGGGCAGGUCAGAUGGGCAAACCUAUGGCGCUCCUUGAUCCUGUCUAGUAUCGGCAAGACUGCAUUCCCCUAUGCUCUGUGGAUCCGCAACCUUCAGCUCGGUGACCUGCAGAUGACGCUCCAGGACGUUGCGCGAAACCCGGCCGUCCGUGAGGAUCUGUUUCGGGGUAACAUGGCCGAGUUCGAGAUCCUAAGCAACGUCAACAUGACCCGCGCCGCCCAGAGGAAGCUCGGUAGAGCCCCAUUGGCCUACGACGCCAUCGCACUAAAGGUCGGCGACGCCAUCACUUCCUUUGUCAAGGAUGCGGCUGACCGCAACGACACGGUCGUCACUCUGGCAAAGCUGGAAAGCCACCGCAUCCCCAGCGAUGUCCUGACCACCUGGACGUCCAGGUUGUCCACUUUGAGAUCUCUCACCCUCCGCGAGGUCGACUCGCUUAACGCAGAUGUAGCUUCCGCCAUCCGCCGUGACUGUCCGUCCUUUGCCAAGUUGCGGUGCCUAACCGGCCCUGGGGAAAACGCAGACGGAGAUAUGGCCGCCUUCCUUCUGAGCCUAGCGCCGCAGACCUUGGAGCAUUUCGAGGUUAUCUCGUACAAUAAUUUUGGUCAACAGACUUUCGCCGCUCUAGCCUUUCAUUCCAAAAGUCUCAGAAAGCUCAUGUUGGCUUCCAUAUCACAAGAAGCAGUCCCGGCACUCUCAUCCCUCUGCGAAUGCACAGCUAUUGAGACUUUGAAGUUAGAAUACGAGUCGCGGGCGAUUGCUUACCCUUGGAAAGACGACCACAAAGAAUCAUACCUUCAAGUGGCCGAGUGGCUCCGCAACAGUCAUGGCCUCACCAGCCUUGAGAUCUCCGCCAUACCCGAUACUCCCUCUCUUUUAGCCAAAGUACUACCAUCAGAAAACUUGCGCCUGCACAGUCUCCGCGUCGACAUCUCCGAGCUCACUCGACAGGACAGCGAAUUUUACCCUAGUCUGAGCCACCAGGAGACUCUGGAGGAGCUUUUCAUCGAGAACUAUGAGGACUCGUUUGGCUCCAGCGAGGCCCUCGUGCGAGCCAUCUCCGAGUGCCGGAAUCUUGUUGCCCUCUACGCCGUCAACUCACAAUUCACUGCCCUCGACCUCCGUCAGCUUUGCCUGACGCUCCCAAGACUUGAAAUACUGCAGUUUGACGGUGAGCAUCAGGAUAACACACUGGACGCGUUGAUGGGGUUUGAGCGCCUCAAGAACGCCACCGUCAACGGUACAUCCUCCUUCUCCUUCGACAGGCUCUGUUCAUUCAUCGACGGUCUUGCCAUAAAGGGCAAGCCUGCAGAAUCUGCGUUGGCGACCGGUUCAGCAACCAUCUCCAAGGGGCCGCACUACGGUUUCAACUUGAUCAUUGCCAGUCAGAUCGGUUUUGGGAGCACCAAAUUCACAAAGGCUCAGGAGACCGCUCUUCAGGAUCUGAUCAAAGAAAGGGUAAAUGGCGAGCUGAGCCUUACCUACAUACAAGACGAAGACGAACUGCACGAGAGUGACUUUUCUGACUGACAAGUCUGAUUUUUCACACUUUUACCUUUGUCGUGUUCCUUGAUACAGCUUCUUGUUUUGGAACAGUGACCUGAUCGUCCCAUAUAGCCACCAAGAGCACUAAGAAUCUGUUUAUGAUAUCUUGUUAAUGUGUGUAUAGAAUAAUAUGUAUCCUCUUCCAAGAUCUGGCCAAGAAACUCCUCAAGCGUUUGCCGUUAUAUUUGCUAUAGCCAUCUUAUUGUAUAUGGUCGCGAGAGAAUGACAUUGGUGUUUUGCAAAGUUCCUGGUUGAUGUGAUGGUAGCCAUAAUGUGGGGCAAACUAGCCCAAGAUAUUCGAUAUGUAUUCAUGAAAAAGCAAGACGAGAUUGGCAAAUCAUAUCGUCCGUCAACUUCUCGCCGCCAGGUGCUGUUCCGUGGUGCGGUUGUGUUCCGACAACAAAGCCCGUAAAAGAAGACCAGUGGAACCAUGACCGCUGGACGAAAUCAGACUACAGCUACAGGUGAAGC